AUGGCCAAGCUGAGCACAAUCUGGAGAUCGAUAACACUUUCGGUAGAUGCUAUCAUUUGUCUUUUCAUGAUCAUCAUCCUCUUCAUCUCUCGUGACAGUGUUUUCCGUAAAGAGACCGGUAUAUUCACAAGAGUCAUCUCUUUGACAUUCGAGACCACGUUGCCCCCGUCAUUAUCCUCGUCAUCCUCAUCAGUCUCUAUGGCAAGAGCAGCACUCCCCUUCGAUGUCCGUCAAGUUCUGAUAUGCGCCCUCCCACCUGUGUACUACAAUUCUGCCCUUCAUGCUCUUGUUGGCCGUCGAUCCGUCCGGCGCAUUCUCGACGCUAAACUCGCUGCUGAUGGAGUACAAAUGCUAUGCGGUCAGUUCCAUGGUGACUCUAGCUCGCAAACUCUGGAUAGAAAAGGCGGAGGGGCCCAUAGCCCCUUUAUUCACGCUGGAGUGGUCGAGAACACCGGAGAAAUCAUGGAGUACCAGAAGAUGACGAUGUUUGGAGGUAAAGGGAAGAUGGGCAUGACUCCUCCUAUGAUUAGCGUUGAGACCAGCACCGUCAUAUCUGAACCGGACAGACGUGCCGAACAGAAGCGUUCUGUCAGUCAAUCGAGGCUGGGUGGAAGAUGA